AUUGCUAUGAUAAUCACUCAACGCUUCAUCGAUCUCGACAAUAAAAAAACGUUGUAUCCUGUUUUGCGUUUCGUUUUAUACCUAUAGGAAGCAAAAACAUGGUCAAAAAAGAGAUCAAAGUGGGAGAAAAGGUUUACGCCAGAUGGCCUGGCAGUGUAAAAUACUACGAGGCAAUUGUGGAUGAGGUUUUAGAMGACGAAUUCGUUGUAUCUUUCAUUGAAGGGUCGUUAACAGCUACUCUGGAUGAACGGCAUGUUUAUCGCCAUAGCUAUUUCGAUUCAGCGCGAUCACGCUCUGCUUCCUCUAGUCGAAAGCGAAGUCGUUCACCAGCAAGGCGAAGAUCACGAUCACGCUCRCCUUCGAGGAGAUCAACAAGCACUCCGAAGCAAUCUGCACGUAAAAGUCCCACUCGACGUGGAAGAUCCCCGGGCCGACCACGCAAGCAGCAAGAAGAACAAGAUCAAAGCAAUGAAGAAAAGCCCUCRCCAGCGAGACGUGGUCGACCAAGAAAGCAAGAUGUCAAAAAACCGCCGGAAAAAACUCCUGCAAAGUCAAAACAAGUUGUUACCGAGCAAACAGUAACGCAUCUAACUCGGUCUAUGACAAAAACAAUGGUCAAGGAGGAGAAGGAGGCCUUGUUCGACAAAGACAAGUUGGAAAAGGAYCUCAAAGAGUCACGCAAGGGCAAAUCCAAGGAGUUUGAGUUUGGUGGUCCUGUUGGAGCAUUCUUUUCGAUGAUAGUGAUGCCCAUUCUGGUGUACGAUUUGUACUUCUACUGUAAUGGCAAAGAUAACAAAUGUUCUUUCAUAAGUAACCCGUUAAARCUGCCACACUGGAGAAAGUUCUUUGACGAAGGUCAUCUUAUCUAUGAUGGKUGGCUUCUCUUUCAAUUUCUGCUUUUCUUUGUACCCAUUGGAAAGAUUGUUCAAGGUGAAACUCAGCCAGAUGGGACAAGAAAAUCCUACAGAAUGAAUGGAUUCUUUGCUGUCAUUGCCACAAUGGCUGGUCUUUUUGCACUGAAAGCAAAACAGAUCCCAUUGAAUGCAGUGUACGAMAAGAUGCUGUCCCUGAUAACAGCAUCAAUAAUAUGGUCUUUGCUAGUSUCCAUCUUUGCUUACAUCAAGGCCAGACGCGAAGGGACAUGUCUUGCAAGCAAUACUGGCAAUGCUUUGUAUGACUUCUAUACUGGACAUCAACUCAACCCKUCAAUUGGAAAGUUUGACUUGAAAUUUUUCUUUGGAACAAGGGUGGGCUUUCUUGGAUGGAUGGUUAUCAAUUUUUGCAUGGCAAAUCAUCAGUAUGAAACAAUGCAUAAAAUAUCUCCUGCAAUGAUGAUAGUGUGUUUAUUCCAGUUCAUAUAUGUCCUUGAURUCAUGAUAUUUGAGUCAUCGAUGUUGUCUUCUAUGGAUUUUAGGCAUGAUGGUUUUGGUUUCAUGUUAGCGUUUGCUUCUCUAAGCUUUCUUCCUUUUGUGUACUCUCUGCAAGCUAGAUUUAUAGCUGAUCAUGACGUCCACAUCCCUUGGCCGUUYRUUGUAGCAAUAGUUGUUUUGAAAGUUGUGGGAUACAUCAUCUUCCGUGGUUCAAUCCUUCAGAAAGACUAUUUUAGGCAACAACCAAAUGACCCUGACUUCCAAGAUAAAGAGACUAUCCUCACUCCAAGUGGAAAGAGGCUGAUGGUGUUUGGAUGGUGGAAGAUGGUUCGUCACCCUAACUACCUUGGCGACAUCCUGAUGGCGAUAUCCUGGACUCUACCUUGUGGUUUUACYCAUGUUAUCCCAUGGUUUUAUCCGGUGUUUYUGACAAUGCUGCUCGUCCACCGUCAACAUAGAGACGACGCCYUGUGUCGGAAAAAGCACGGGAAAAGUUACGAAGAGUAUUGUCGAAGAGUUCCCUACAGGAUCGUACCUUUAGUMUACUAGACAACCAUUCAUUUUUAUCACAUAGUUGCCUUAUUUUUCUAUGACGCCACAACAUGUAAAGUGGGGGUUGGAUUCGUUCAAAACCAUAGCAAGUUGUAUUAUUUUUUCUUCAGAAGUCGAUCUUUGGGUUUGCAGUUUUUCAGAUACAUUUUUAGUUUUCAGAUACAUUUUCUGUCAAUGAUUGCCAGACUUAAGGGCAUACCCAUGAUUCUUCAGUGGGAGCUCCCUGCGUACAAUCUCUCACUAUGACGUCAAUAGGACGUCAUGGAAAUCGAUAGUUUUUAAAGCAAAAGAAGAAUGGAAUAACUURCAAACUAAUUAUCCACCUAAAAUAUGUUCUACUUUUUGUGAUGUGACGUCAUCGUAAAAUAAGUCAAUACUCAGUUUUCGAUUUCAAAGCGAAAAAACGCUGUUUAAGCCUUCUGGGAAUAGGGUUAGCCUCUUCUCGGGAAAAAUCGUUAUUCGUUUGCGCUAUUGUACAACAUUUUCUUGUGCUUUCUUUUGUGUUUUGGUAAGGUCUUAGCGCGUGGCAGGCACUUCUGUAAACAAAAAAACAAAAAAGAACAGGUUAUUCGCUUUGAAUUCGAAAAUAGAGUAUUUGUAAUCCAUUAUUUAACCUUUUUUCGUGUAUCAUUUCUACUCAAAGRUUCAUAAAAUUGAAUCUAAAACUAAAGUGAGAGUUUGAAUAAGAUUCUUUCUAAAACUAGUUGUAAACUUUUAUCUUUCUUAACGUCGUCGAAAGCUUAUUUUAUCCAUCAGUUUUCGUGUGUAUACUAUUACACUGUAAAUAAUAUAUAUCAUUUGUAUAAGUAUGCUAGAGUUACAAACAUCAAAGUGUGCAACAUACGUACUACUAAAAUGCUGCUAUUUCUAUUGGUUUCUAAUGUUUAGCUGGCACAAUUUUGUACUAGUAUAAGUAUUGUAUGGUAUUAGUAUUACACACCCGUUAGUCAUGUUUGUACUCUAGGUAAGGCCAUUGACAUAUAUAAGAAACCAAYGAUAGUUUUUUAAAAUUGUACUUUUUAUCUAUAGUAAAUCUGGUAACAGUUUCGUGUAUAUUAAAACGAUGUUGUACUGGGA